AUGAAGGAGACCUUCCACGAUGCCGAGACGUCCCAGCGAAUCUCGCACAUCCACUUUGGCCUGCUGUCGGACGGCGACAUGCAGCGCAUCUCGCAUAUGCGCGUCGUCAAUCGCGAGCUCUACCAGCAGCCAGACCGCGUCCCGACGCCACACGGUCCCCUCGACAAGCGACUGGGCACAUCAAUGAAGCAACACACCUGCGAAACAUGCGGACAUCCUAUGACAUCCUGCCCAGGACAUUUCGGAGACUUGCAGUUUGAGCUGCCUGUCUUCCACUAUGGAUACUUCAAGGCCAUCACCACCGUGCUGCAGAACAUUUGCAAGACUUGCUCCCGUGUCAUGCUGCCGGUCGAGGAACGCCUCUUUUUCUUGCAGCGGCUGCGCAACCCGCUGCUGGAAAUGCUGCACAAGCGCGCCAUCUGCAAAAAGGUGAACGAAAAGUGCCGCCGCCUGCACAACUGCCCUUACUGCAACGCGCCGAACGGCCCCGUCAAGAAGGUGGCCUUCAUGAAGCUCUCGCACGACACCUACCGCAUGAGCGAAAAGCAGCGGUCGGACGACCGUGUCGACUUUCUCAACUCCUUCCAGGAGGCGGUGGCGCGCAACAAGGAUUUGCGUCCUCUGCUCACCAAGGCAAUGGACGAGCUCAACCCCUUGCGCGUGCUCCGGCUCUUUGAAGCCAUCCCCAACGAAGACGUCGAGUUGCUCGGUCUCGAUCCCCUCAAGGGCCGGCCCGAGCGUCUCAUUCUGACGCGCAUGCUCGUCCCUCCCGCCUGCAUUCGCCCGUCUGUGGCGAUGGACGCUGGGGCUGGUUCCAACGAAGACGAUCUCACUAUGAAGCUCUCCGAAAUUGCGUUUAUCAAUUCGGUCAUUCGCAAGUCGCUGUCCAACCCGACCAACAUGAUUGCAAAUCUGGUCGAGGAAUGGGAGCACUUGCAGAACGUGUGCGCCAUGUACAUUAACGGCGAUGUGGCCAACCAGUUGCCGCAACAAAACCUAAAGCCCGUUCGUGGCUUUUGCCAACGUCUCAAGGGCAAGACGGGUCGCUUCCGAGGCAACCUGUCGGGCAAGCGUGUCGAUUUUUCGAGCCGCACCGUCAUCUCCCCAGACCCCAACCUUCGCAUUGAUGAGGUGGCUGUGCCCGAACAUGUUGCCAAGAUUCUGACCUUCCCCGAGCGCGUUACCAGCCACAACAUUGAAGAAAUGCGCCAGCUGAUCAUUGCUGGAACGGACCAGUAUCCUGGCGCAAACUAUGUCGAGUUGAACCGAGGCGCUGGCGGUGGUUUGACUGCAGCAGGUACCGUCGCGACUGCAGGCGGUGCGUCUACAUCGGCGGCGGCCGGGGCCACAGCAGCGGCAGCAGCGGCGGCAGGAAGCUCGGCGGCAGGCCAAGUCAAGGGCGCCGCGGCCCCUCUCGUCAACCCAAAGCGCUACCUCAAGUACGGCAACCGCCAGGAGAUUGCACGCGAUCUUCGCGUGGGCGAUGUUGUCGAGCGUCACUUGCGCACGGGUGAUAUCGCGCUCUUCAAUCGCCAACCGUCCCUGCACAAGCUCUCCAUCAUGUGCCACUUUGUGCGCAUUUCGCCCUUCCGCACCUUCCGCUUUAACGAGUGUGUCUGCACGCCUUACAAUGCGGAUUUCGACGGUGACGAAAUGAACUUGCACGUCCCUCAAACGGAAGAGGCGCGCGCCGAGGCCAUGGUGCUCAUGGGUGUCAAGUCCAACAUGAUUACCCCGCGCAACGGCGAGCCGCUUAUCGCCGCCAUCCAGGAUUUCAUCACGGGCGCCUACUUGCUGUCGCGCAAGGACCUCUUCCUCGACCAGAGCAUGUUCACGCAGCUGUGCGCAUGCAUGAGCGACGCCGGCAUCCAGAUUGACAUUCCUCCGCCUGCCAUUCUGAAGCCUGUCCGUCUGUGGACUGGCAAGCAGCUCUUUAGUGUCCUGAUGCGGCCCAACAAGCAGUGCAAGGCCCGAAUGAACCUCCGCACCGCGUCGCGCACGUAUUCCAAGAAGGACGAGGAAAUGUGCAAAAAUGACGGCUUUGUCAACAUUCGCAACUCGGAGCUGUUGAGUGGCAGCAUGGACAAGGCACUGCUGGGCUCUGGCAGCAAAAGCACCAUCUUUUACGUCCUGUUGCGCGACUUUGGCGAGCAGACGGCUGCCGACGCCAUGUCGCGCCUGGCCAAACUUGCGUCGCGAUUCUUGUGCAAUUACGGGUUUUCCAUUGGCAUUGGCGACGUCACUCCGACGCUCAAGCUUUUGCAGGCGAAGGAGGUCAUGCUGCAGGUGGGCUACACCAAGUGCGACGGGUACAUUGAGGCCUUCCGAGGCAACGCGCUGCCCUCGCAGCCUGGCUGCUCGCCCGAGCAGACGCUCGAGUCUGUCAUCAACGGAGAGCUCUCUCAGAUUCGUGAGGAUGCUGGCAAGAUGUGCUUGGAGGAGCUCGACAAGUCCAAUGCUCCGCUGCGGAUGGCGCUCUGCGGCUCGAAAGGUUCCAACAUUAACAUUUCCCAAAUGAUUGCCUGCGUCGGUCAGCAGACCGUCAGCGGCACGCGCAUCCCCAACGGCUUUGAGGACCGCGCACUGCCACACUUCCCGAAAAAGUCCCGCUUCCCGGCCGCGAAGGGUUUUGUUCGAAACAGCUUCUUUACUGGCUUGUCGCCGACCGAGUUCUUCUUCCACACGAUGGGUGGUCGUGAAGGUCUGGUCGAUACUGCCGUCAAGACUGCCGAGACUGGUUACAUGCAGCGCCGCUUGAUGAAGGCGCUGGAGGAUUUGUCCGUCCAGUACGAUUCGACCGUUCGUGAUUCUAUCGGCGGCGUUGUGCAGCUGCGGUAUGGCGAUGACGAGCUCGACCCUGCAUCCAUGGAGGGCUCGAACAAGCCUGUGGACUUUAAGCGCGUCUUUGAGCACGUUCGCAACAACUCGCCCGCUGGAAGCGACCAAAGCCUCUUCCCGUACGAAAUUACCCAGUUCUCCCACAAGGUCAUUCUGUUGUACCUGGAAGAGCGCCGGGCUUUGCAGCGUCCCGGCACGCGUGCCAUGCACGACGAGCCCGUGCCGCAGUUUUACGAAGAGUUGCGCGGAUUUUUGCAGUCCGUUGCUGACAGCCUUGCGAGCAUGCGCGACAAGCGUGGUCUGGAUCCGUACUCGAUCGGCCCACUGGACAAGUCGGAUCCUCGCAGCGUUGCUCUGAGCGAAUCCGCUCGUCUUCAGCAGUCCAUUGUCGAUAAGGUGGCCAAGUACACGAGCAAGCAACUCGAAGGCUUCCGUGAGCUGUGCGUGUCCAAGUACAAGCGUGCCACCAUCGAGGCCGGCACUGCCGUCGGAGCAGUCGGUGCACAGAGUAUUGGUGAACCCGGCACCCAAAUGACACUUAAGACUUUCCAUUUCGCUGGUGUAGCCAGUAUGAACAUCACACUUGGUGUCCCGCGUAUUAAGGAAAUUAUCAAUGCUUCCAAGGUGAUCAGCACGCCCAUCAUCACUGCAGAGCUAUUGGAUCAAUCAAAGGAAUCGAUCGCGCGUAUCGUCAAGGGUCGAACUGAAAGCACCCGCCUGGGUGAAAUUUCAGACUUUAUGCGCGAGAUUUUCACUCCCCACCAAUCCUUCCUGCAUGUGCGGCUGAGCCGCUCUCAGAUCCGACAACUCUGUCUCCAAAUUGAUGCCGAGCAAGUCAAGAACGCUCUACUUGCUUCCAAGCUUCGAGUGGAGAAGGAUUCUAGCUUGUCCGAGCUGAAAAAACUGUCCAGCUCGUUCUUUUCCAUCCAGCAUCUCAACCAUGCGAUUGGCAAUGUGAUUGUAUCGGGCAUCUCGACGGUCAAGCGCGCCGUCAUCAACCAAAAGACGCCUGGCAAGUACAAUCUGCUCGUCGAAGGCACGAAUCUUCUGGCUGUCAUGGGCAUCGAAGGUGUCGAUUGGAUGCGGACCAAGAGCAACCACAUUAUGGAAAUGAAGGAUUCGCUGGGUAUCGAGGCUGCACGAUCGACAAUCAUGAACGAAAUUCAAUACACGAUGCAGAGUCACGGCAUGAGCAUUGACACGCGACACCUCAUGCUUCUGGCAGACUUGAUGACCUCCAAGGGCGAUGUUCUCGGCAUCACCCGGUUUGGCAUUGCCAAGAUGAAGGAGAGUGUGCUUAUGCUGGCAUCUUUCGAAAAGACCACCGACCAUCUGUUUGACGCCUCGCUGUACGGCCAGACGGACUCUGUUCGCGGUGUUAGUGAGUGCAUCAUCAUGGGUAUCCCGAUGACGAUCGGCACUGGUCUGUUCAAGCUGCUGCAACGACAAGCAGUUGGCUCGAACGCAGUGAAGAAGAAGCUUGCUCAGCGCUCCUUCCUAUUCGACAACCCAAAGCUCCACACGACGUCCAGCUGA